GGCCCACACCACUUUCUAAGUCUCAAAUUGACAUGUUGGCCAUGUUUAAGGUACAUUUUUGAAGCAAUAAAAAUAUCUACGUAAAAAAUGAUUUGAUUUUCGCAAUAUAUAUAAUAGAAACAUCAUUCAGUGUAAGUUUCAUCUACCUAUCUUUCCGAUUUCGUGAGUUAUGGCGGUUUAAAAAUCGUAAAAAUUCGUCGCGCGCCCAUUAUUUACGUCCCGUCCCGCACCGGGUCAGAUUUCCGCCCGUUUUGCCCACCCGCGAAAUGGAAUCGUCCAACUCAACAAAAAUGUUAUCCUACAUUUGAUUGGUUUGCGAGCCUUCAAAACAACCCAGACAGCCAAUGAGAGGGGUUGUUCUUAAAGAAAACACAUCUGAGCCGCCAAUACCCAGCUUGCAGCGUUUUUGAGCGGGAAUUACGUGUAGAAAGGGAAGGUCAAAGAAGGUACGUCUCUGUUUUCAUCUCAAUUUAUACUGAUAACAAAAUAGUUGAAAUUUCAUUUUUUGUGUGUUGUUAGUUAACAAUAUAAGGUACAUUUUGUGAAAGUUUGGUUGUUUUUGGCUGCAGGAUGUUUGCUCGCAUGCCGCGGAGGCGCGGUCUGACCUCGCCGUACGAGGUACAGUUCUGCGCCGUUGCCCCCCUCCCCCUUCUGGCGCGGGGUUUCGACACCCAGUCUUGUCGUUAUCCUGUCACAUGUAGAGAGGUCAGUGCAUCUUCAGUGCCCCUGACCAACAGAGAGUUCUUGGAACUUUACUACACAGCAUCAGAAUUUGACUCAAAUGAAGAGACAGUGUGCCCUAUCAGUUUGUCAUUCAACAAUGUCAAGUAUCCUGAGGAACUGCGAGGUACAAAGCGGAUUCUGCUUGAAUGGCUGCAUGUUUUCGGCGAUAUUGACACGACCGGAAGGACAGAGAAACAAAUGCAUGAGAAAGCAAGCAGAAUUGCUGGGGAGUUUGAGCGUUUGGCAAAGAAUUACAACGCACGAUACAAGAGAGGAGGAUGGACCCAAUGGAAUAAGAUGCAAGCAUUCCUGGAGUCUACGUUUGAGUGGGGAACGUACAACAAACCUGUGUCCAAAGAAAAGACCAACAAACCUGCGACAAAAGAGUUCUCACUCAAUGUACAUGGCCAGCCAAGCAGCUCAAAACAGUUGGAGUGUGGUGUGGCUGUUUCACAACUACCGGGCUACCCUGAUGUGCCACCUCCAAGUUACAAUGAGGCCAUGCGGAUACCGUCCCCAGUAAAAGUAUUUAGCAGCCCCAUGAAUGUUUUAUCAGCUCCGAUUCCAUCUGUUGUGACCAAUGAUAUCAACGAUAACCAGAGGAAGCCACUUGGUGUGCUUACAAACUCCGUGCGCACCCGCUCUGGUAUUGAAUCCAAGGCAACAACCCUAGCAGAAGUGAAAUUAAAGAAACAGUUGGCACAAUGCGAGAAGGCAAAGAAAAGAGCAAUUGAGGAAAACAACUCGCUUAAAAGACUUGUAGGUUGCCGAACAAGGGAUAUUGCCAGAGAAAGGGAUGAAGCUCAAGAAAAAUGUGAUCAAGUAGUACAAAGAUGCAGUGAGCAGUUCGAAAAGGAGAUGCAGAAACUGAAUGAAGAAUUGAAGAAAAAAGACAAGAUAGCAGAGCAAUGGAAAGAAGUGGCGGAGGAGAUGAUGGACAGUUUGAACGAAGACGAAAGGCUUGAAAGUAAGAAGGAGAGUGGGGAGACAAUGAAGUUGCAAAGAAAAUUACAAAGAAAAGACGACAGACUGAAAAAAAUGAAGAAUGUGGUAGCGCAGAAGGAAAGGCUAGAAAAAAGGAUUCAGAGAAAAGAAGAUGAGGUCAAGGAUUUGAAAAAGCGAAUACAAUCGGCGGAGAACAAUAUUGAAGAAGAAAGAGAAGCCGCGGAAGCGUUCUAUGAAGGGAUCAUAUACGAACUCGAAGAAAAGUUACAAAAUGCAGAGGAUAAGGAAAAGAAGAUGGAGGAAACCGUGGCGUCACUUAGAAACUUGGAGACUAAGUGUGGAAAAGCAUACACGGCUGAAGUAAGACUAGUAUACUAUCAUCUUCUAACAUUGGGUGUGUCUGCAAAUAUUAUUGAGGAAGUGGUGUCUGCAGUUCUAAAAAAUCUAACCGACAUUAACACAGAUAACAUCAUGCUACCAAAGCGGACAACUGCUCAGAGGUUAAAAGUCGAGGCAGGCUACCUGGCCACAGUCAAGGGAUUUACUACAUGGGCCAUGCGUGAAGACAAAGCUAUAGCAUACCAAAGUGACCACACUACUCGGGGGCAACUCCACUGGUUAUCCCACAAGAUAGUGUUGUCUGCUACAGAAGAGGAAACAAUUGAUAGAGUCUUCUCUCUAUCGAUUGCGCCUGUUCACAACGAAACUGCUGAAGCCACUGUUACAAAUUUAACCGAAACAUUUAAUGAUCUUCAAGAGGUGGGCAACAUACUGGGAAUAGAUGGAAGUUUUGCUCAUGUGGGCCAGAUUAAAACCCACAUGAAAGAUCGCGCAGCAGUGGAAACGAAAGUCACCAGGUUGUUAGAGGACUUGAAAGGUGAUAAGCUGCACGAGACUGUCCCAGGGUGGCAUUUGCUAUCUCCAGAGGAGCAGGACAAGAGAAAGAAAAUUUAUGGUUUCACGUGUGCUGCUCACAAAAUUCAAAAUGUGGCAGAGGCCAUGAGCAAAGCUGCACAGAAGAAUCUUAAGUAUGAUGUGGAGAAGGAGGGAAAGGCGAGGAGAGGCAUGGUCGGUGCAAAAGAUCAUAUCUAUGCCACAGCGAAGUUGCUGUGCAUGGAAACCAAGAAAGAAUAUGCGGAAGGGAAAGAGUUUUGCGGCUUUGCAUUAUUGCAUACCGAGUUAGAGGAUUCUGGACAGAAGCUGUUCCAGCCCAUUGUGGGAAACCGAUUUCUAGUAUUUUUCCAGAAUGCCAUUCCGUGCUUCGUAGGCAAAGAAAUGAUCCAGUUAUAUUUGACGGACAAAAAACUGCAAAAGGGUAACUUUAACAGACUUGAGGAGGCAGUAUAUAAUGGCUACUUCAACGCCAAUGUCAUGGCGGAAGAGCGUGCGUACUCAAUAAUGUACUAUGAAGUAUGCCUACCCUUAUUCAGCAAGUGCCAGGAAGCAGGUAGCCCCUUGGACAUGAAUAGGUAUUACCAAGUUGCCCAUGAUAAGCUGACAGAGUGGGCAAAUGAUUCCACUGCCCUCUUUGAAGGGAGCGAGCCUUUAUGGUCUCAGUGCCGGAGUGCAGAUUUGCAGGAAUAUAUGUUAAAAGUCCGCCAGCCACAUGACACAGAUGACAUGACAAAGGAAACACUGUCUGCUAUGUGCAAGGCCGGGGCAGAGAAGCUGAAACAACAUGCAUUUGAGCACUUAAGGGGGGGUGAGUAUCAUAACCCCACAACCGAACACAAGGAAGCAGCUCAACUUAUCGGGGAUGCCACAAAUCUCAGAAUUGAGCAAGACUUCGGCAUCCUUGCCCAGCAGCAAGUUGUGUCGCCAGCUGCAAACCCAUUAGUACACAGUGCGAUGGUAAGGGCAAAACAAGACAAGCCGGCAGAGUGGCUGGCAUCCCAGCCAGAACAAAACAGAGAAAAUCUGUGCUCUUUGGCCAGAAAAGGAGCAAGAAAACUAAGAAAGCAGUGGGGCACAAAAGAAGAACAACUUAAAAGACUGUAUGAAGCUGAAGAACCGAGAAGGAAGGAGAAGAAGAGAAAGCGAGACGAGUCCCUUAAGAGAAAGCAGGAAAAGAAACUUGCUUUUGUGGAAGCCUUACGAGAGAGUAGACUUGUAGUAGAUCCUAGCAAAGUGAACAAGAUGAAAGGCAAGGACAUUAACUAUCAGUUAUCCCUGUGGGUAGAGUUAGAAAAACUCAGCAAAGGACAGAUGAAACACCCAGAAUGUCUGAAAAACAGAAGCAAGCUAAAAAUAGAUGCCAAGAAGGCUGCAAUCAGGAAACUAAUCAGACACAAUAGCCACUUUGUCAGUGAACUAGACGACCAUUUGCCACUGUCAGUUCACAGAAGCAGAACUGCCCAUCAAGACUCAGAAUGGGAAGAGGAUGACAACUUACCUUUAUCCGCACAAGUAAGGCGUGUCGCUGUUCCUAGUGGACAUGAUGAUUCAGACUGGGAAGACGAAGAUGACUUACCUUUGACUACAGUGAUGGACUGGUAUGAUUCAGACAUGUCGGACUGUGCUGACGCUGAUUAGUGCGAGUGGUCUAUAUCUCUUACAACUCAUACUUCUACAACUUAUGUAUACACGUAUUGUAGAAUAUCAUACAAUACAUUAGAUCAUUGAAUUGUUGUGCUGGUUAAAGUUCAGUUUUUGUACUGUAAUACGGUUCUCUACUAUUCUUAUGUCAGCCUCCCUUCAAACUGUGAAUGUAAGGACUGAGAUGUUGUCUUCCUAUGUAAAGGGGGAGGGGGGCACCAUGUACAAUAAUGUAUGCAUAUAUACUGAUUUAUUAAUGUCAUGAAAUGCAUUAGUUAAUUAUGCUUUACUUGUUCAACUUGUAAUUUUGUACUGAUCUCCACCAUUCUGAUCCCAGCCACCCUUCAAACUGUGAAUGUAAGGGCUGAGAUGUUGUUUUCCUAUGUAAAGGGGGAGGGGGGCGCCAUGUACAAUAUGCAUAUGUAAUGAUUUAUGAAGGUCAUGAAAUGCAUACAGUUGAAGAUAGGAAUAAAUAGAGUUGACAGCUUAUACAACUUGUCCUUUUUUGU